AUGACUCUCCAGGAGUCUUAUGAAUCUCUACUGCGUCCAUAUAAGGACAGAAACGAGUUCGAUUUGAACUAUCCCAUCUCUUACAAGCCUUACGUUGGGAUUAUCGACAACAAUACCAACCAAUCAAUUUCUUUGGACCUACCUUUUGUGAGCCAGGCUUCUUCUACGGGCCCAGUCAGAGCGGCUCGCAAGAUCAUCAAGCCUUUGGUGACAAAACCGCAAACCAUGUACCAGCGAAACGUCUACUCCGAUUUGGAGUUCAAAGAGUACUUGGAUUGGGCGAAUCUGAAGCAACUGGUCAGUUCGUUGCUCCACUCGUUUGCCACUGACUAUUUUAAGCUUUUAUUGAACCAACCCUUCGAGAUCGCCACGCUGCUGCUCCAGAUCGGGUCUUUCCACGACCAUGUAUCGAUUAACAGUCGCGCCAUUGCGGACGAUUCGGACUCUGACUCCGACAACGACUAUUUCACAAGAGAAGACGACAGUCCCCACAAACUGCGGGAAUCCCACAUCGAGCGCGCGCCAAGGCUCAGUCAUUCGAAGAACAUCCCCAGACGGCCUGUGGGAGACCUGAUCGAGCCGGAGUCGCUCAACAUGCUGGACAUUGUGUCGUCGCUGAUCUCCAAAGAAGGUCCAAGAGGAAUCUUCAAAGCCGUCAACACGUCCUUCCUGAUCAACUCUCUUCAGUACACACUUAGAUCGUGGGUCAGCGGUCUCAUUUCGGGCAUUCUGGGGAUCCCCGACCCGCUCUACGUGGAGAUGAUCCAUUCACCAAACGCAAACCUCAGUUUGGUGGUGAGUCUGGGAUCAGACAUCAUCACCGGCCUGCUUCUGGCUCAAUUGACACUCAUCAGAAUGAAAUUUAUUGUUACAAACUCCACCAAGGGAACUAGAUCGUUUAGACAGAUCAUAUGGACACUGCCGCGUUUCUUCUUGAUCUCUCCUCCAAAAGAACUCAUCAUCCCAAACCUCAUCACCAAUACUGUCAAAGCGCUCACAGUGCAUUACCCAACUUAUUUGCUGACGGUUGUUUGGCAGAUGAACCGGUACAACUCCAUUCCACUGUACAACUCGCUGGUGUUUGUGCUAAAAGCAGUUGGCGUGUUCCUCAAGCUUCCCUUUGAAACUCUAUACAACCGGGCCCAAGUCAACUAUCUGUUGACCUCAGAUUCGCUGCCAGCCACAAUGAAACUGUCUCCAGAAGAGAUGUGUGUGAAAUUUGGUGGAUACCACGGCUAUUUGUCGACUCUUUACUAUAUUUUCACCGGAUCCAAACCUGUGGAUUACGGCUCAAGCUCGUUCAAAGAGUCGGUGGUGGUGGAAAUCGAAGACGCCAACGAGACAAACAAGGGAUACGAGGCACUUGUGCGUGGCUGGAAGAUCCAGCUCGUGAGACUCUCGUCCAGAUUCAUCCUCAACCUGUUGGAACAGGAGUCGUCCAGCUCGGAACGGCUCUAA